ACUUAGUGAGGGAACGAAAAUGCGCACUGUCUCUUAAGAAGCGUCAAACAAACCAACAACAUCCCAAAAAACGCUUAGGGAGUUGCGUGCAGUCCUAAUAUAAACGUUAAUUUGUAGCAUCAGCUGCCAAAGAUCGGGAUACUUUGCUCUGCUGAACUUCGGGGUACAGAGUUUCAACACUCGGCAUGGAUUGGGGAACCGAGCUUUGGGACCAGUAUGAUGUCAUUGACAAGCACACCCAGUCCGGGCUGGACCUGGUGGAGAAGUACGUGAAGUUUGUGAAGGAGCGGACCGAGAUCGAGCAGACCUACGCCAAACUGCUGAGAAACCUGGUGAAGAAGUACACUCCCAAACGCGGCAGCAAGGAGGAGCAAGAGUGCAGGUUCACCAAUCACCAGUCGUUCCUGGACAUCCUGAACGAGAUGAACGACUACACCGGGCAGAGGGAGGUCAUCGCGGAGAACAUGAUGCUGACCAUCUGCCUGGAGCUCACCAAGUAUCUGCAGGAACUGAAGCAGGAGCGCAAAACGUAUCUUUCUGAAGCCAAGAAAGCCCAGCAGAAUCUGGAGAGCAGCUACAAGCAGCUGGACAGUAGCAAGAAGCGCUUUGAGAAGGAGUGGCGUGAGGCAGACAAGGCCAAUCUGAACGCGGAGAGAGCCGACCAGGACAUCAACGCCACUAAAGCUGAUGUAGAGAAGGCCAAAAUGCUGGCGCACAUGCGCACGCACACCGCAGAGGAGUGUAAAAAUGACUACGCCUCCCAGCUGCAGAAGUACAACAAGGAGCAGAACCAGUUCUACUUCAGCGACAUUCCACAGAUCUUCAACAAACUGCAGGACAUGGAUGAGAGACGCAUCCGGAAGCUGGCGGAGGGCUACGUCUCCUUCGCUGACACAGAGAAGCGUGUGAUGCCUAUCAUUGGGAAGUGCCUAGAGGGCAUCAUCAAGGCGGGCACCAACGCCAGCGCGGAGAAAGACUCGGUAGCCCUCAUCGAGCAGCACAAGUCCGGCUUCGAGCGACCGGGAGACGUGGAGUUCGAGGAUUACAGCCAGGGCAUCAACCGGGCGUCAUCGGAGAGCAGCCUGGGGACCCCCAAGGGCCCCAUGGAGCUGCUGGGCAAGAACAAGACCAAACUGUGGCCCUUCAGCAAGAAAAGCAAGACCUCUGCUCCAGAGAAGUCCAUGCCCCCCGCCACGGAGGACUUCGCCCACCUGCCUCCCGAGCAGCGCAGGAAGAAGCUGCAGCAGAAGAUGGAUGACAUCAGCAAGGAGCUGCAGAGGGAGGUGGACCAGAGUGAGGCAUUGGAGAAGAUGAAGGAUGUGUAUGAGAAGAAUCCACAGAUGGGGGACCCCAGCAGUCUGGAGCCCCAGAUCUCCCAGACAGCCCACAACAUGGAGAGGCUGCGAGGGGAGCUACAGAAGUAUGAGUCCUGGCUGAUGGAGGCUGGAGGUCGAGGUGAUACGAUGCGUAGCUCCGUCAACAACAACUCCCACGAAAGGUUCAGUGAUGAUGAGUUUGAUGAAGAGGAGCCUUUUGCCCAGUGCACAGCACUCUACAACUUUGAGGGGUCGAGCGAGGGCACGAUCCCAAUGCAUGAGGGCGAGGUCUUUGCCGUGGUGGAGGACGACAAGGGGGACGGCUGGACCCGCGUGCAGAGAGCCAACGGGGACGAGGGCUACGUGCCCACCUCUUACAUCAAAAUCUCCCCCCCAGUGUAACGGUGCCCCCUGCAGGGCUCGUCACCUGCCUGUCCUACCUGGAACUGAUGAUUUUGUGUGUGUGUGUGUG